AUGCUCGAUGGAAGACUUGGUGAGGAAUUCUUGGCUAUAGGUUUCUUUCAAAUAAGCAAAGGGAUUGAGCAAGCAGCAAAGAUCAACCGCCCACUCACUCCCCAUGCGCGUGAGGUUGUCGUGGCAACACUGCUGGUCAGACAAUGGCGCAUCGCAUCGCGGCAGUGUAUAGCCGCUGGUGAAGUGAGGUGGUUGUGUUGGUGGCGUGAUCUGUGUGCAUUGGCGCUGCUGCUGAACGCGAGCUCUCGUUAUUUACAGUGUGUAUCGUGUGUAUGCGUGUGUGUGCAGGAGCUACUUGACAUCUCGUCGUGUGGAGUACACAUAGGUGACGAGCUCCAGCGUUCGCUGGAACUGCUGGACAGCGUGCUGUCCGAGUUUGACGACCUGGAGAACGGCAACGGGGGUGAAGCCGAAGGAGGCGCCCCCGUCGAGGCCCCGGGUCAUGUGUCCAGCACCCCCGAGGACGAGAGUCCGUCGCUGGGAGGACAUCACUCAGAAGACGAUGGCUACAUGAGCAUGAACGGACGUCGCGCGAAGUUCGUCCUGAGUUUCCGCCCGGUCCCUGACGAGGGUCAGGCCCUGGAACUACCCCCGGCACCUGACCCGCCCCCAGACCCACCCCCGACAGAAAUGGCAGACUUCCCUCCGCCUCCUGAAGAAGCAGCUCGCAUCAUCUCGACUCUGCUGCCACGAGUUUCCCCCGGGAACUCCGCCAAGAGAAGCAGUGUGCGACGUGGCAGGGCCUUCCUGAGCGCCAUGACCCUGCAAGACCGGCAGAUCGCAAACAGCAGAGUCACGACGGCCACUCAGACAACCCUGCCGAAGACGCGCCACCGAAGACCGUACGGGUGGGAUACAGCAAGUAACCAGCCUCCCUUCCACCUACAAGAUCCCCCAAACCCUCAGUUUCGCUUCGGAAGCCUGCCGUAUGACGGCGCGCUCGAGCACGCGCGGUUCCCGCCUCCGUGGCUGCAGAGACCUCUGCCGCCGCGAACUCUGCCUGGCGCCAUCGAGCGGCAUCGCGAGGUACGACGUCGCGGCUCGGGAGACGGCGGCGAAGACUCACUGCGUCCCCUCGACGAACUCGCAAUAGACGACGAUCGAGCGAACUUCUCGGACGACUCCUUGGAAGAACUCCUGCCACCUCCACAGACCUCCAAGAGGAAUAGCAUCGCCUGGGAAGUGCCCCUCAGUAUCGAUGACGCCGAUCCCCUCCUCACCCCGGGCAGCACCAAAGUCGUGGGCAGGAGGAGACGGAGAUCUGGUGACCACUCAAGUACAGGAUCAAUACACCAACUAAGAAACCAUGAAGAGUGGCCAGAGCCCCCAGCAAGUACUGAAGAUGAGGCUGUGUCUCCUUUCAGUGACUCCUAUUAUGAUUCCUCGGCCACAAAUGAUCACGACGAAUGCGGUUAUCUUACGCCAGGGCUGUAUGGCAGAAACAUGACUCCUAAUGGCACCUAUGUCAUUCGGAAGGGUCGAAAGAAGGAUAGGAAGUGCGUGGGGGGUGUGAUACAACCCCCAGAAAUAGUCGAGAUUGAUCAGCAACCAAGAUUUGGUGAUCUCAAGCGUUGCAGUUCAACAUUUGACAACAUCAAGUCCCUCCUCAGAGAAGGGCUCUUGGAGGGUUUGGAUGAAGCUCCUCCAGAUUUCUCCCCGCCAUCGCCUCCGGCCCUCGUACGAGUUGUUUCCUUGCCGAGUCUGUCCAGUGAGGACCCUCAUCAUCAUGAAUUCUUUAAUGGUCUGUGCCAUCAUGGUGAGGAAGACAGUCGCCAGUGCUCAAAGACUGAUGUCCGUCGCCUUUCAAGGCCAUAUGAACUGGCUGUGACAAUGGAAGAGGAGGAAGAUCCAGUAUAUUGCUUCAGUCCUGAUGACAAAGAGUUCACGGAAUCAGAUGUAAAUGAGGAAGAGAGAAGAUUAAUUGAACAGUUGGAGAAACAGCAGCUUAGUACGAGUUCAGAGUCCCUCCCUGCGGGAGACAGGUUUUCGUCUCACGAAUGCCAGCUAAAGAAGAUUCUGUCAGAUUCUGAAACAGUGUCUCACGUAAACGAGGAAUUGACGUACUGUACCGAGUCAAAGAAAGGUGUGCAGCAUCAUAAGAAGAGAAUGUCUAACUGUUCUUUGAAUGAUGUUCCUGAACAUGAUUCGCAAAGCGAAAACAAAUCCUGCGGCAAACAAAAACAGAAUCAGGCUGCCACAGUAGAGUCUGACGCCCAGUGGACGACAGCUUCAGAGAUUAAAAUUGAUGUCCACCCAGUGCCUGUUGUGCAGAAGGAUGAGCUCAAUGGAAUCUCGAACAGAGGUUCUGAGUCUGGGGAAGACUUCACGGUGGAUGUGAUGCAGCAUGAAUUUCCACCCCUACCACCAUCUCCUGUUGAGGAGGACGAUGAUGAAUACUCGGAGAUCCUUCAUCGUAGUCCUACUCAGACAACAAAAGGGAAAGCUGAUACUUUGCCAGAACCUUUUUACCGUAGUCUCGAGCCCCCAGGUAGCGACCCUUGCGGCAUGCGUUUCCUCAACCGGCCAUGCCCGCCAGAGCCUCCGCAUCAUCACGAGACCAUUUCGAGCCUCAAGACUCGGUCCAUGGAUGCUGGUUUCAGUAGAGGCUACUGCAGCCACAACUCCAGCUCCAGGAGAGAGGUUCCUUCAGAAAGACGAACACUGCCAUCAGAACUGCCAGGGCCUUUACGACGCCGAACGUUCCAGAAGCGUUGUGCCCAGUCUCCGCGAGAGGAAACACUGCAGACAUCAUGCUCGCUUCCUGAGACGCCUAUCUUUGCCAGAGGUUGUGAUAUACCUCGUACCCCUCACCGAAGAGCACCAGAUAUUCCGGGCAUGGCUCGAACAGCUCCUCGACCUGGAGGACUCGCCGCAGGCGGUUACAGACGAGUCGGGACAGGUCCGCUGCCAGGUCAUGCAACGGGGGUUACACUGGGAACAGGAGGAUUGAGCCAGGCACUCGUGGGUGCCGAGCUUCUGCGACUGGCGGGCGGCCCAGGCCGAGGCUGGUACCCGCGACAUAGGCAGCAACCUCGACCUGCCUCCAUCGAGCACCUGGACCGCCUCACGCCCGGACACAACACACCAAGUCCAUGGGAAUCGAGAGAUUCCAGGAAACCGCUUACACUGCCUCCAAAUUUGUCGCCCAAGUUCUUCCAUCGUUCGCCACGCGAGGCUCUCAGAAGAGUCACCAGCCUUCUGAUCAAGAAAGGAAGCAGCCCCAAGGAGCCCAGGAAGGAUACGCUCUCCCCCACCCGAGGAGCCUCCGGGGAGGCUUCGGGCGAAGGCUCACGGCAGAAACGCGGAUUCUUCAGGAACUUCUGGAAGAGAUCUCGUCACUACUCGCUGGAGCACCAAUAGUGGCAUUGGGACUCUGUAAAUGUAAGUGAACUUUCCACAGGGUGGUAAGAUAAAGACUCGCACUUGAUGCCCGCAAGAGGGCGGUGGAUUAGAGUGAGGACACUCCGUGGUGACGUGGAAGAAGGCAAGUUAUCAGCACGAACGUCGUUGGCAGUUUAUUUUAUGUUGUGGUGUAUUGAAUUAGGAAAUUGUAUUGAAUUAACAUCAGCACUACUUUAAGAUAGGACUGUUAAUAUCCAGUGACCUAAAAGAAUUGUAAUGACAUAGUCUCAGGGCUGAACUAGGUAGGUAUGUGUAUAUUAAGUUUAGAAUGAAUGUGUGGAAGCCAUUUUGUUGUUACACUGAAGACUACUUUGCUUACUUUGAAAAUCACAGAUGGACACUGCCAUUUUUAGCACUGAACCUUAUUGUGCAUUUGGCCAAUAUCAUGUAGAGAACAUGCAAUUUUAAAUCCAUUUGAUAUGAAUUGAAGUUGUAAGUAAACCGAGAGUCUCCUUUUUUUAAAAAAAAAAAAGUUACUGUUAAAUUGGUGAUCGUUGUCUUUGUCACUUAAUAAACUGUUAGUAAUUCCUAUAUAUUUUUGUGUUAUGCCCUGAUGACGUAGGCCCUAGACUUGUUUCGAUUCGUCCUGUCGUAUGAAUUAAUGACAAUAGCUCUUCACUGUGUAAAUUUAUAACUGUAAAAAAAAUAACCAACUUUAAAAGUAUCAUUCCUAGGAAAAUUUUCCCACUUGUAUAUAUAGUUAUAAUACUUUCAUUUUAAAUAAAGAAGUAAAAAUAUUUGAGUUAUUAA